CAAAAAUAUCUGCCAGAGCCACCAACUCUUACAAAUACACAUCCCAUUGAACAAGUUUUCAUUGCACAACAAAAGGUAGGUGAGGAAAACUUUGGACAAAAAAUGGAGUGCUACACAAGGCCAAACAGGAGUGACAUCCACCUCUCAGCAGAGGAAGAAGCCACCAUAGAAGCAAAGACCAGAGAGUACUUUGAUGGAGUCGCACCACAACGCCACACAAAGCCUCAACGAAGUGACUAUUCAGCUCAAUAUGUCGAUGCUUUCUCCAAUGCCCAUCACUCUUCUUUAACUAUACCAGAAUUAACACAAUUCCAACUCCUCCAGAAUGAUCCCCAAGAGAAGAAAUUGGUGUACAAUGGAAGUCAAGUACCGGAAGAAUUUGUGGAAACAGAGUAUUACCAAGAUCUCAACAGCGUGGACAAACACCACCAUACGACUGGAACAGGAUUUAUCAAAGUAGAGAAAAAUGGAAAUGACUUUCACAUAGAACCAGAUAAUGACACUGGUUGCCAUCACUCUUGCAAGGGCAAUCCAGCAACCAAUGAUUGGGUUCCUGCUCCUUCCACUGAGGUGGGUUUCAAUUCAGGCAAACCUAACAGGAGUGACAACUAGAAAUGGAGGAGUGGCUACAUGAAGAUAUCAAUAUCUCAGCUUCUUUUCAGAUUGUGUGGAUUCCAUGUGUUGUUUAAAAUUACAAUCCAAAUAUAUAUAUAUAUAUAUAUAUAUAUAUAAAUAAAAACCUUGUGAUUUGAAUUCAAGGUUAUUGUGUUUGAAAUGUGGUACUAGUUAGCGUUCCAUCUUGUAUCCUUGGUAUCUUACAUUCCCGGAUAUGUCAUUAAUCGCAUAUGAAGAUUAUUUAAGCAAAUUAGCAUUUUAGUGAUGCA